ACAAUAACGCGCACGUAAUUUACGCUUUUAAUUACUUUCCGUCUCGCCAUUUUCCUCUGGAGAUACGUUAUUAGAAACGAAACGAUAUCUAAUUAAUCGAUAGAAAAAAAGUAUUAUUAAAGGUUUAUUUCAUUAAUUAUUGAUUAAAAAAAACUACGAACAGUCUCCUGUACGAGAAUAUUUUAAAUUUCGGUGGCAGUGCAAGUACUAAGCUCACACAGCUGCAGUUCUGCAAAUACAAAUAGUAAAUUACGACACACGAAAGUCAAAAUGGCAGACUUAGCUCUAAUACAUCGCAUUUUCUGGACCGUUGUUGCGAGUUUUGCGUAUUUUAAUUCGGCUAAAUGCGAUGAUAGAAAUUGUCCCAAAAUCCAAGAGAACAUGGCCAACGUCUGUUACGACUUAAAAUGCCAAAAUAUUAUGAAAACCAAAACUUUCGAGUGCAUUUUAGGAAAAUCGGAAGAGAAUUCGGUCAAGUACACCGACGCUGCCUACUGCCUGCAAGACGUUUAUUUAGAAGUUAAAACAAAUCGUACUAAAUUAUGUAGUUGCCAACAUAUUCAAAAAGCUUAUGACUGCAUCUUAAAAGGAGAUAAAGUCUGUCUGCUAUUGAAUUAUUCUCAAGAAAAUCUCUGUAAGGAAGGUAUCAAACCCGAAACACCAGAGGUUACAACCACCACUACACAAAAGACUACAGUGGUAACUACGACCGAGUCAAAAUACGAAUCUACGACACUUCCACCCGAAAAAGAAAACGAAAUUCCGGACGGAGGACCGAAAAAGAUGGUAAAAGGUUCAGCUUCACCCGUUACAACUUUAUCCGUUUUCAUUUUAAUUAUGUUGUCGUGUUUCUCUGUUGCCAUUUUCGAGUGGUUACGUACUUUUACAUAAAUAGAUAUUUAGUACAGGGUUGCCGUAAUUAAAUUUUUCUUAUUCGGAGAGCAGCUCGAUCUAAUAACCAGAACGUCGCCAAAUUUGGUAGUCAGACUAAUUAUAAGAUGAAAGGUAGUAUGGUUCUCGUGGACUAAACACUGCAACCUCGAUAAGAAUAACAGAACCUGUCUGAAGGAACGUGUUGCGCAAGUCGAUAAUUAUCAGUAAGAAUGCCUUUCUGACGCUUUCUCUUCACUUUAUAAUGCGUGGUCACCGUAUUAUUUUCCAAAGCAUGGGCUUGCUCGGCUACAACAGCUCCACGUUACUUCUCUCGGCGAGUUUCGGCAUUAAAAUCAUUUUGCGGAAUCCCGCUUUCCAUGUUCUAAUUAAUCUACCUACCAAAUUUGGCGAUGUUCCGGUUGUUAGAUCGAGCUAUAGAAGACCCCGAAGAAGGAAAAUUUAAUUACAUCAACCCUGUACUUAAUAAAAUAAAUAAAUGACAA